GAUUUGUUUUUAAAUUAGCCAAUUCUUUUGCUCAGUUUGCGGCCAUUAUAAUUCGCGGUCUCUUAUGUCCAAAUAUUAUUGGACAAUGCGUAUGUGAGUGUGUGUUGAGUUGCUUGUCUUCAUGGACAAAUCUUCAUGUUAGCAUGCUUCAAUAAGUUACAAUUAGGACAACCUCUCCAUGCAUAUUAAUAUUGUUCUGAUUUUUUUCAUUAUGAUUUGAUUUUGGCGCAAUCACAAUUGCAUUUGAGCUUAUUCAAUUUUCAUCCAUUAGUUAUCCAAAAUAAAUCAAAAACUACAGUUACUUUUUGGCUGUUUGAAGUAAAACGAUCUUGUGAUCAUUUUCUUUUUUAUCAUUGAAUCAUCAACCAAAUUUUUUUUUCUGUAUUAACAUUCCAGCCAUUGAUAUCUUGAUUAUUUUUGCGUCUUUGAUUUUUUUUUCAUUUUUCGAUGAUAUCUGAGACUAUCAAGUUUACAUUAUUUCUUGAUUUAGUUAUUUUUGAUGAUUAUUGAAAAUCUAAAUCUAGUGAUCCAACCAUUCGGUUGUUUGAUGUUUUGAUUGUAACACCCCAAUUUAUUUGAAAAAACUUUUUAUAAAGCCAAAAUCGACAAUUAAACUUAAUUGAUGCCAAUUCAACGGAUCGGCAACAAUGAUUCAUGCCAUUUGGUACUAAUGCUCAAUAGAACAGUAACGAGAUUGUCAACAAGAUGAGAAAAAAGAAUAGAAAUCGCUACUCAUUUAUUCAUUUUCAUAAUAUAAUUUCAAUGGCAAUCAAUCUGGUCAACAUUCAUCAUCAGUACAUUAUCAAUUCUGUGAUUCCUAUACUCGUUUUCAUGUCAUUUGUAUUGUCAUGUCAAAUUACUCAGAUUAAUGCAUUUGAAGAUUUGAACAAUGACGAACUGUCCACAUUCUGUGUAAUCGGGCAACUAUCCAAGUGCAAUGAUGACGAAGAUUGUGCCGAACUGGAUGAGAAUCAACAAAAAGAUCAUCUUCGUGUCAAUCUACCUAUUGGCCAAAGAAUAGGAAUUUGUGUUUGUCGAGAAUCUGAUCAUUGUAAACGAAACACAGGCAAUAUGCAAGCUCAAAGUGAUCAUUUAUCCAUUGUGAAUGAUACUGAUAAUGAUUCAAAUUUAAAAUUGAUAAUGGGCAUUUCAAGUGCUAUGGCUAUUAUUGGCUUUCUAAGCUUCAUUAUCUAUUAUUAUGGAAUUCGUUAUGGACUGAUCACACAUUAUGCACGACGAUUAGGUCUGGCCAAUCGAAAUACACAGAUCGAAGACAAUCAACUAUUGAAUCGUAUAUCGAUCAAUCGUGAUGGCGAUGAUGUUGAACUUACACUUUGAUUUACAUGGAAAGUUUGCCUUGUUUGCCAUUCAUUUUUGAUAAAAAAAAAUUUGUUUUGUCAAAAUCUAUUUAUUUUCCAAUAUAUUAUGUAAAUAGAAAUGAAUUUUACUUUUUUGAA